GAUUGUUGUGGCGCGCAAGUCGAUGAAUGUGUCCCUUAUAUCGCAGCUUUUUGGGAUAGCCGAGCAUGAGAUCCGUGCAAUGUUGGAACCGAUCAGCCCAAUAAUACAUCUUCCCUCACGAAACACGGAGCCUGUCAACUUCUAUCAUGCGACGGCAAAAGAGUUCAUAAUGGGGGAUCCAAUUGGCGAGGAGAGGGACGAAGUAUUCUUCAUCAACGAUGUAGAAGGAUACUCUCUUGGAUUGCCGCUCCUUCGACUUUUCAAUAGCCGUUGUGAGCGAAACGCGUUUGGGGUACCCACCGAUCUUCCUUUAGGAGAUGGACGAAAAUGGGAAGGAUUUAUAGUGAAAGGCAAUGACGAUUAUGUCCGUUCCUACAAUUUUUUAGAGCAUUUGGACCCUUCGGAAUUCUUUUCUGAAGAGUCCAAUGAAUUACAGAUUGCAACCGCCCUUCAUCCAAAUUCCCGGAGGAUUUCGUAAAUUCGGCCAUCACAAUUCAAUCCAAGCUUUGGGAGAUUUGGAGCCAGCAACCAACUAUAUCGCCAAGCAUGGGCCAUCGUAUCUCUAUCGAUCGUUCCUCCCUUUUGCUUCACUCCCAUCAUCCAUUUACAAAUUAUACGGUUCUCUCUCGGACCCUAUCCGGAUCUUCUCCAUUUUUGGCGAGUUCUCUGGUGACACCAUCCCAUUAAGCGAGGAUUUACUCAGCGCCCAAGAGGUUAUGCAAGCAAAGUUGAGCGAACUACGUUUACCUGAAGAGAUUAACGAACCGGGAAUUGAAAUGGUCAAUUACGAAGCUGAAUUUCACGAACCUGAUAUUCGUAAUGCCAUUGUGGCAUGCGCUGCACUCUCCCUUGAUGGUUGCUAUGUUGCGCUUGGGUUUGGCAACGGUAUUAUUGAAGUUGUCGAUAUUGAGAAUCAAUGUACGGUCUGCCGAUUGCAGCACGAUCCAGCCAAUCCCCCGAUCUGGAUCGAGUUUGUCCAUGGCAGCCACCGAGUUGCUACUGAGGACAUUGAUGGAAGUGUCACAGUCCUCGGCCAUGGCAUGACCCCCAUGAAAUUGGGCACUCUUCCCACUGGUCCCUAUUCUGCUGGAACUGCAGUAUCAGAUAAUGGGUUAUUUGUCAUACGAGUCCCACGAAAUUUCGACAACCCGUGGUACGACAAUAUGAUGCUCAUAUCUGUCUUUGAGGAUCCAUCCAUUCAGCUCCUCGCCUCGCCUCCCUCCCCCUCGUCCCCCUCUUCCCCAUUUAUUCAUGUCGGGUUGCACACUCCUCACCGUCGAACGCUUGGGUUCUCACCAGGGGCACAAUAUAUUGGUGCUUUUGAUGGGAUCCGAGCUUUCACCUGGUCAACGAGGUCGUGUGAAUUCAUUGCAUCUUAUUGCGUGACGGAGUCCGAUGCUUGGAUUAUUAGGCCCAGUAUCAUCCCUCCAAGUGGCUCAUAUCUCAUCCCUGAUCCUAUAUUCACUCAAGCCACCUCCCCUCUAGUAGAAGGCAAGAUGGCUUAUACACUUCAUUCCGAGGCGGAUGCGGGACUUGAUUCAGAAGACGAGUCCUGGAUCGAGUGUCCAUUUUACGACCUCUCGCCAAGCAUCUCAAGAAGAGGAACCCUGCCCUCCAGUGUCCAUUCAUCUGUUACAGGAAGAACCCCGUUAAUCGAGUCCUCAUCAGUGUGGAUUAACGGCAGUGUAGAACUCAUGGUUCCAGUGGACUUUGAACCCCAUGAAACCUGUGCCUGGUAUGGUGAUCGAGUACCACCUGAUGUUAUGGGGCUCUACCGCCCUCAGUCCAGCAGAGACGGAACUCGAUUUCUACUCCAGGGUCAGCGAAGAGCUCCAAUUGUUGUUGAUAUCAGGCAAAUUCGUUUGCCUUUGAGUGGUUCGCCUUCGAGUGGUUCGCCUUCGAGUGGUUCGCCUUCGAGUGGUUCGCCUUUGAGUGGUUCGCCUGUCCUGUGGAUUUGAGUGGGAUGUGAGAUUCCAACAUUCCGGGCUUGCCUCGUGUUUCGCGUUCACGGGGGAGGGAUGUCCCGGAAGGUAAGAGGGAUUCA